AUGGACCGGCCAAACGACUCGCAGAAACCUCCUCAGCAAGCUGAUACGCAAUCGCGAAAGAAGAGCGCGCCUUCAGGAGCAAAAGCUGGAUACCUGAUCCUCUACAACUCCGUCUCCGCAUUACUCUGGUCGGUGGUUCUGGGAAGAGUCGUCUUGAUAUUGGCACUCCAUGGAUACCAAGCAGUGUAUCUCGGCACUGGGGAGUUCACGAAAUGGACACAAACGCUGGCUGCAUUGGAGGUGCUGCAUGCUGCGAUAGGUCUCGUCCGCGCGCCCCUCUUCACAACCCUCAUGCAGGUCGCCUCUCGCUUCCUCCUCGUCUGGGGCAUCGUGCACAACUUCCCCAACACCACUGCGCGCAGCAGCCCCUUCUACUCCAGCAUGCUCAUCGCGUGGAGCGUGACGGAGGUGAUUCGGUACAGCUACUUCGCCCUCAACUUGCUGUAUGGGAAAGUGCCGGGGUUCUUGACGUGGUUGAGGUAUAAUACGUUUUUUGUGCUGUAUCCAUUGGGGAUCAGCAGUGAGUGUUGGCUGGUUUGGAAGGCGAUUGAGCCGGCGAGGACCUGGAAUUUGGCGUAUGAGUGGGUGUUGAAGUUGGUGCUUUUCGUCUAUGUGCCUGGCGCGUAUAUUCUGUAUACGCAUAUGAUGGCUCAGCGGAGGAAGGUCAUGCGUGGAGAUUCGGCGAAGAAGUCAAAGUGA